AUGAGCGGAGGCACCACCGAAUCAGUGGGUCAGCUCAGCCUACAAAGGUUCCCGACGGGCGAGAGCGAGUACAAGACCAGGCCAGUGUCGGGCUCGAGUUCGAGCACAGGUCACGGCCUCGGCGCCCAGACCAAGGCUUCACGAACCACUUCUAUAGUUUCCACCUCUUCGGCCCGUUCUUCUUCCGGCAGCUCUGGAUUUAAAUUUUCCUUCAAGCCUUUGCUCUACAAUCAUGGCAACGACAGCAAACAGCAACAACACCUCUAUCACCACCACAAUGGAAGUAGUCCUGCGACCUCGUCCAAUGGUCAUCGUCAAGCCCUUGACCCCUUUGCCAACUCGCCCUUCCCUUCUAUCCUUAUGUCGAUCAGGCUGCCUCAGUCGCUUCUGGACAAAUAUGUGAUCGAUCAGGAGAGCUUUCGUCAAGGCAAGGCUGUCUGGGGAAUCGGGAAGUACAGCUGGACCAUCACUGUGAUCUCCAGGGCCAAUGGCAAGAAGUAUGUAAUCAAGAGAGUCUCAAAGUCGCUUUUGCCACCCUCGGCGUAUUAUCAUUACCCGACCACCGCGCAUCGACUGUGCACCUGCCCUGCCUGCAAGUCUCUCAGAGAACAAUUGCUCCUGACAGGUCAAUUGCCCGACAACGAACUCGAGAACCUUCAAGAAGUGCUCGUCAUCCACAACAAGGGCCGCAGGAAAGAGUUGCCUCAACUCCCGCCAUCAUCUCCGCAGCAAUCCCGCCAACAUCAGCCACAACGACCGCUAUCAGCCUCUUCCAUCGCCUCACCCACCUCCAGCAGCAACAACGCAAAGGAGAGCAAGGAAAAGCAGCGGAGAUCGUUCAACCUCUACAGUUGUCACAAUGCCAGCACCCCCAACCACACAUCCAAAUUCUCAGCGUUCAGUCCCAUCACAUCACCUCAAGAUACCCCCGUCAACUCUCGACCCUCGACACCUGUCCCUUCCCCUUUACGCAUCCUGUCAACUCCCUCUCCUCCUCCUUCAUCCUCCACUCAUACGUCUUCUCCUCUUCCUGCACUCCCCGUCGGCCAUGGGAAAAUCCACAACAGCAACAGUAGUAACAGCAUCACCAACAAAAGCCAGACCGCACAGUCCUCUCUGACCCCAACUCCUUCUCUAUUGCUGCCCGCCGAGACGCCGCUUAUUUGGUCACAAAAAACGGGAGAUUCAAUGGUCUCACAAGGACCAAGAGACCUUUCCCGCUACAAUCAGCAGCAUGAUGCACCCAGGAGUCCUAGAAUCCCACCGCGAUCGGCGGGUACACCUUCUUCAAGUCUGCGGGCAAGACCUACCCUUCAGAGACACGCCUCUACACCCAACAUGUCUCGCGCCAUCACCGGUCUGGAUGUUCUGGAAACGGACCCGGCACAAGUGGAUCAAUUGAGACACCUUUCUCGACUAGGGAAUCAUGGAGGUGGAAAUGGUGGAGGAGUAAUUUCGUUUGGCAGGGAUCGGGAUCACCACAGGGACAUAGACUCGCGGCUAGCUCCAUUGAAAGGCGAUCGACCUCUAUCCGACUCACCGCUCAGCGUGACGAUGACGAUGCAGGCAUUGUAUGAGAGCACGCUUACAGACGGAAACUACCUGGAUACCGACGACGACGGCAGGGAAGCGAAUGUCGAGUACGAGAAGACACCGACGACGAUGACGCACUCCGCUCUGUAUCUUCAGGCAUCGAUGGUCACAACAGAGAGGAACGUGAGCCCGUUUGACACCAACGAUGGAGAGUUCAAACAGAUGGAACCAGAGUCUCCUGAAUCCUCGACAGCUCGAGCUCGUAAUGGUGCUACAUCGGCGCCAUUGAUGUUCACACCGCCACCGCACGCCUUGCCUAUGGAACUGGUGCUCUUGCAGACGUACAAUGAUUCGGAUCAUCUGCCUGAGCACCACGAAUGGACGCAGGAUGAGGACUAUUGGUACUAUGUGACUAAGGCUCAUGGUGUGAGGAGGCGGAAGCUGAAGAAGGUCAGCAGCUGGUGGUUGGAUCUGAGCAGUCUUGGAGGCGCCCUUUUGUCGGCCGGGUCGUCGUCUUCACACGAGCCGAUUGCAACGGGACCCAUCUACAACAUGGGACGUGCUCCAGGAACAACCUCCACAACACCCCACAUGUCAUCCCCACUUUCGUCCGAGCUGGCUCUGGCAAGUCCAUCCUUGACGGCGACGGAUACGACGAGGCGAACCCAUGCAGCCAAGGAAUCGAUCUCGUCGAUGGCCAGCCAGGAGACUGUGAAUCCGAACUCUGCAGCUUUCAAACGGCAGAGCUCGCCCAGGAACAGUACCAGCCUCAUGGGCAAGUACUAUUAUGUCGACUGGGACGAGUACUUGUCCCUGUAA